GCUUCAUUUCCUGCAUUGUUUGUUUUGAGUUGUGCUAGUCGCCGAAAAUACCAUUUUUCACGAGUCGACAGUAUAUGAAACGAUUAAAACCUAGCUGAUGCGUCCAUUGUUAAUGCAGAGAGCAAUCGAUUGGUGUCCUAAUUGAUAGAAGCUUGCAUCACCGAGUCAGUCAUGUCUGAGCAGUCAGGCAUGCCCACCAAGCAGCAGAACUUGUGUGCACUUCGUGCCUUAAAAAUUGAGAUGGACGUUCGUGGUAGCGUUCUUCAUCAAACGUGGAACGAACUCUCUGACUUGAUCGGGAAAUAUCAAGGAGAAGUGGAAAUCGCUCUAUCAAGUGACCAUAAAUGUGACUCUUCUUUAGAUGAGUCAUUUACAGAGUUUCAAGAACAGAAAACAUUAGUUAAGGAACAGGAGAUCUUGCUUGACAUGAAGAAAGAGGAAAUCAAAAAUUUGAAGGAUGAGUUGGAUAUGCUAAAGACAGAGUUGGGUGGCGUGAGGGAGGCCCUUGAGAUGAAGGACAAGAUGCUGGACAAGAUACAGAAACAGAUGGUGCGGGAGAAUAAGGAGUGGUCCGAUGAGGUGACCAAGAUGAGGCAGUACCUGUGUGACGAGCAGAGACAGAAGCAGGCAGUGAUGCAGCAGUACGCUGAUCUGAGGCAGAGUCAUCAGUCAUGUUCCGUCUCAAUGGAUGAGGAGAAUCAAUCUCCCAAUGGGCACGACACUCCUAUUUUGGUCAGUGAAGGGUUUACGUACGUCGAACCUGAGGCACCCGAGGAAGACAAGAAUGAUGAGGAGCAUGACCUCAAGUACCAGAUCCGUCUGAAUGUUGAUGAGGAUGGAAACAGUUCUGUUGAAAACCCCAUGUUUGCUGUUGAUGAGAAUUCCCGCAUUUACGUGAAUGUGGAAGACAGCCAGUUCAAUGUUUCGAACAACAGUGAUGAUGUUGUGGUUGAGAAAAAGAAGAAGAGGUCAUCAGAGUUGAUGGAACGGCUCAAGAAGAUCGACCCGAAGCUGCCACCGUCUGCUCUCGAGAAGGAGAACCCAAUCCUAUCCUCUCUGAUUGGUUCACAGCCAGCAAAGAAAGCAAGGCUGGCCAAGAACAGUCAGCAGAAACAGAAUGCUUCAACAUCUGGCGUCUCUGGUAGCCAGGCCUCCUUACCACUGCCAAUGCCUCUUGAUACAUCACUUACACCUCAAAUGAUGCAGAAUCUCUUAGGCUACAUUCCAUCCGAGAAACCAGACCAGUCCUAUCGCUGCGAGAAAUGUGGACAAGAGUUUGAAAACAAAUACGGCCUCGUAACCCACCGAUGGACCAAUGCUUGUUCUCGUGUGAAGUCAGCGAUUCAGAAUCUCUCACCCGACCUAAUCGCUGAUACAAAAUCGGAUAAUUACGAUCCUGAAAAGCCUUUUAAAUGUGAAAGGUGUACAAAGACAUUCAAAUCAGUUCAAGGUCUGCAGACGCAUCGCAAACACUUCAGUUGUGUGAAAGACGGCUCAGCCGCCAAGACUGGCUGGUUCAACAAGGAAUCGAGCCCAGCCAGUAAGUUCUUGUGUAAAUUCUGUGGUGAAUCAUUCAAUACGAAACAGGUUCUCCUUGAGCAUGAACAUGUACACAAAACUAUGGAACCAAACAAGUGCUUCUUUUGCCAUCGGAACUUUGACGAUCAGACUGCGUUAUUGAUCCACCAGAAACUCACAGGACACCAGAAACCAACCAAUCGGUGCCAGUUCUGUGAGGAAUCAUUCGAAACAAAUGAGGAUCUCGAAAAACAUAUCGCAGUUCACAAGAAAAAUGGGGAUGGGAAGGUGACAUUCAUGUGUCCGUCUUGUCCAAAGUCGUUUUCAAAGGAGAUCAGUUUGUUGUCACAUCAGAAGGUCCACGUGGAUGACAAUCCAAACCCUAUAUCGCCACCAAGCCAGCAGAAUCCACUGCUUUCACCGUUUAAUGGCAGAGAUGAUGUGAAUGCUCUUACCCUGUGAGGAAGGAGACUGUUCAGUGUGAAUACUCUAACCCUGUGAGGAAGGAGACUGUUAAGUGUGAAUACUCUAACCCUGUGAGGAAGGAGACUGUUCAUUGUGAAUACUCUAACCCUGUGAGGAAGGAGACUGUUCAUUGUGAAUACUCUAACCCUGUGAGGAAGGAGACUGUUCAGUGUGAAUACUCUAACCCUGUGAGGAAGGAGACUGUUCAUUGUGAAUACUCUAACCCUGUGAGGAAGGAGACUGUUCAGUGUGAAUACUCUAACCCUGUGAGGAAGGAGACUGUUCAGUGUGAAUACUCUAACCCUGUGAGGAAGGAGACUGUUCAGUGUGAAUACUCUAACCCUGUGAGGAAGGAGACUGUUCAGUGUGAAUACUCUAACCCUGUGAGGAAGGAGACUGUUCAGUGUGAAUACUCUAACCCUGUGAGGAAGGAGACUGUUCAGUGUGAAUACUCUAACCCUUUGAGGAAGGAGACUGUUCAGUGUUAAUACUCUAACCCUUUGAGGAAGGAGACUGUUCAUUGUGAAUACUCUAACCCUGUGAGGAAGGAGACUGUUCAGUGUGAAUACUCUAACCCUUUGAGGAAGGAGACUGUUCAGUGUGAAUACUCUAACCCUUUGAGGAAGGAGACUGUUCAUUGUGAAUACUCUAACCCUGUGAGGAAGGAGACUGUUCAGUGUGAAUACUCUAACCCUUUGAGGAAGGAGACUGUUCAGUGUGAAUACUCUAACCCUGUGAGGAAGGAGACUGUUUGGGGCAAAUCCCAUGAACUGGGAAAUACUUUAUCAUGGUACAUAUCAGAAACUGAAUAAUAUCAAAAACUGAAUUUGUAAUAAUAUAUCAAUUAUAAUUAGUAUUAAUCCAAAAUGUAUGUAAUGGUUCUGCAACUUGUCUGACAAGAAAUUGGUUGGCAACUGGUGCUCUCUGGCAACUGACUCUUCCAGCUGGUUGUCAAGUUCCUCUGCAUAAAACAAACUACAUUAUAACACAAACAUGUUAAAAGUUGAAUUAUACAUUUAUUGGAGAUGAAUAUGUUUUCAAUUCUUUGUUGCUUUGAUUUAAUGUUAAAUGUAAAUGUCCUAUAUCUUUCUAAUGCUUUCCUGUAUGCCCUGCAGUCUUGGAGUAUUUCAAGCCAGUUGUGAUUUCAAUUAUGACUUCACCUCUAAACGUUGAACAUCGUAAAAUUCAAAGGCCAAUUUGGAUACAUAUGUCUUGUAAACUUAUGAUUACAGUCCGAGUUGUCAUUCAUUUUGGAAGUAUAGAAAUGACUGAUCUGGGUACUGGUGUUUCAUGACGGUACUAUUUUGAAAGUUGUUGUGGGUUUUACUUAGUGUGUUAUUACUUCUUCAUGUGAUGGUAGAUGUUUGAACUUCACAGUCCUCUGUUGAAUGAACUUCACAGUCCUCUGUUGAAUGAACUUCACAGUCCUCUGUUGAAUGAACUUCACAGUCCUCUGUUGAAUGAACUUCACAGUCCUCUGUUGAAUGAACUUCACAGUCCUCUGUUGAAUGAACUUCACAGUCCUCUGUUGAAUGAACUUCAGUCCGACAUUUGACUUGGAGCAAGUUUAACCAAUUAUGCCCAGCGUUUCAAGAUUAUGCGUACUUGUCAAUCUUAUGCAUUACCCUUGUUUUAUAUAAUAAUCUUUUCCCACUUGUUAUUCACUUCUAUUGUAUAGUGUAUUUUGUCUUUUCUAAAACGUGUUCAACAUGGAUUUCUAUUGAAUUUGCACCAAGUGCAAUGAUGUGUAAAGUUUGUUAAUGUAUUUUGUAUUGUAGGAUUGGUACUUUUUGGUUGAAUGUGAAUCUACGUGUAGUUGUUAUUUAUGUUGAACUGAUUUCAUCAUUAUGGUGCAUUAUAAGUUGAUCCAUCCAAUUGACAGUUGUCAUUUAGUAUGCCAGUUACCACAGUAGAGCCAGGUUUAGCGACAGUGCCUGUGCUGCACUCUCAUUUAGCUGCUAUUGCUGUUACCUUUAGACAAAUAUGGAUCCAUGAUUAGAUGGUGUGCUCUACCAAAACUUGUGUUUGACCAUCACAGAAAUGUGACCUUGGUGAUAACGUGUGUACUCUCCUAUAGAAUGUACAGUGUUGGACGACUGGCCAAAGAUGCCGACAUCUACCACAGAUUCUGUGUUAAGGCUAUUAAGCUGGUCAAGAGGCACCUGUUUUACCUGUAUUAGGCCCGUGUGUAGCAGACCUCCCUCAUUGAAACAGUGUAUGGAGAUGUGUUGUUGAUAUUCCACUUUGUGCCUUGGAUGCCAUGUGUAUGUGUGGUUCCUGCAUGGAUGUACACAGCUUCUACUUGUAUUCUCAAUAAAACAUGGGUGCUGUAAUGUUAUUCAUA